AUGUCCGAUUAAGUUACUGAGGACUUAGCAUUGCCGUUUUGUAACAAGCUGAAUAAACACAUCCUACGACACUAACACUAACUAGAAUGAAGAAAACGCCUAAGGAUCUCAAAAUGAUAAAGAAAUGGGCAUAAAAACACUUAAAACAGAUUGAAUAACCCUUUAUGCAACAAAAUUUUCACUUGCCAUGUCCGAAUACGUUACCGAGAACUUCGCAUCGGCUUUUUUUUAAUAUAUAACUCAAUAAUCACAUUCUACAACCUUACAAGUUAUCAACACAUAUUAAUCCAUCAACCAGAAUAAAUAAAACUCCUAAGGAUUUCGGAAUAAUAAAGAAAAUGCCAUAAAACAAAACGACGUCAGGAGCCAAAACUUAUUUUUUGGUUCGAUUAUGUUACUGACGACUUCGCAUUGCCUUUUUUGUAGCAUGGAAGCUGAAUAAACACAUUCUACGACUAAAAAGUCAUCAGUACAUAUUAAAGCAUCAAUCAGAAUAAAUAAAACCCCUAAGAAGCUCGGAAUAAUAAAGAAAAUGUCAAAAACUAACACGACGUCAGGACCCAGGGAUUCGGACUAAUGUUUUGGUUCCUUUGGCGCCCACGAGCAAACCUUCCACGCGGGCUUUUAGUGACCUUAACAAACACCAUUAUGGCCCCUAAACGAGGAGCUGGCGGCCUUAAAACACCCUCGGGCACGCCAAAACCCUCCAAGAAAGCCAAGAAGAGCGAAGACACCUCCAAGAAGGGCGCCAAGAAGAGUGAUGUGAGCGCCAAGCCAAGCAGUGCUGUGUCAAAAUCCACGAAGAAAGGAGGAGGAACGUCAAAGAAGGGUGAGAGUGAGGUUGGGGAGUUUAUUGAAGUGAAGUGUGGGGAGUCCUUCUACCUCACCGCACCGCCACCCACCCGCAAUGGCCAAGGACAGCUGGUGUUCCAAGACGCCCCCUCCUUCCGCCCCAACCUGACCCCAGAGCAGGUGUUACAGAUGGGCAGCUUUGGGGGCACCUACUUCAGGCCCAUUAAGUCCAGCGUCACAGGUGAAUCUCACAACCAGGCAUGGAAGGAGCUGCCUGCUGAGUGGCUGGAGGGGCUGGACAUCAAGAAGCAGGUUGCUUCAUCCAUAUACGAUACAGAAGUCAACAAGUACAAAGUGAAAUGCGGAGGAUCGCUGGAGAUGUGGGAGCAGAGUGGCUGGAUACUCAAACAGGACCCCUAUGGCUGGUUCAUGUGGUACUGCAGAUAUUAUCGUGGCCGGAGAACUGACGAUGAUGAGAGGCAGAUCGGCCGGUGGGAUCGCUGCACUGGGCUCAAGGGCAGAUGGCGGAACAACCUAAUUACCAAGGUGUUCCGGGCUGGGGCGAGCUACGACGCAGCGGUGGUGUCCCCGGUGGUGCGGCAGACCCUUCAGCACUGGGGCUAUGAACUGACCAAGCAUGACUAUGACCUGGGGGUGAAGAGGAUAAAGAAAUGAAGAUGUGGUCUGAGGUAGGGAGGAGCAAGAUGUGUGAGUAGUAGAAAAAAGGGGAUUAAAAGAGAGCAGAAAGGUUUUGAAUGCAGUGAGUGAGAAUUUAGGUUAAGGCAGGGAUGAAUGAGAUGAGUGAGAAAGGAGAGUCAACCCAGUAGCUGCAGGGAUCGUGUUUCUUAAAGGCCCCUCUAAGCGAGAAAAAUUAGAAAAAAUCAUCACUCACGCAAGCCAUUUCAUAAUAUUUAUCAACACAUUUGUGAUCAGUUUAUGCAUCAUCUGUUUUGGGGGGUUUAUAUCAUGGCAAAAAUUUGGCCUGUUGCUGGUACACGGUAAAGCCACAAAUUUGGCCCGUCACUGGUAUAUGGUAAAGCCACAAAUUUGGCCCAUCACUGGUACAUGGUAAAGCCACAAAUUUGGCCCCUCACUGUUACACGGUAAAGCCACAAAUUUGGCCCGUCACUGGUACAUGGUAAAGCCACAAAUUUGGCCCAUCACUGGUACACGGUAAAGCCACAAAUUUGUCCUGUCACUGUUACACGGUAAAGCCACAAAUUUGUCCCGUCACUGGUACACGGUAGAGCCACAAAUUUGGCCCGUCGCUGGUACAUGGUAAAGCCACAAAUUUGGCCCGUCACUGGUACACGAUAAAGCCACAAAUUUGGGCCGUCGCUGCUACUGGGUUAAGAGUGAGCAGAAAGGUUUUGAAUGCAGUGGGUGAGGGUGUAAGUGAAUGUAGAGAAGAGUGAGAAAGGGGAGUGAAGAAUGAAAAAGAUGAAGAGGGAGGAUGUUAGGUGAGGUUGGCAAGGAGGAGGAAUGGGUGGAAUGAGGAAGCUGCAUAAAGAGUGAAGUAAAAAUGGCAAAUAUGUGAAGAUAAUGAGUUUAAGGGAAGAGGAUGUAGAGGUAAGACUUUAGGGAGAGUUAGGGAAAGGUAAAAAGGGAAGGAAGGGGAAGUUAGAUAAGAAGGAGAGACGGGAAGGAAAGGGAAGUUAUGGAAGGAAAGGAGAGUUAGGGAAAAAGAUAAAAGGAAGAAAAGGAAAGAAAGAAGUUAAAGAAAAAAGGGAAAAUUAUGGAAAAAGAAAGAAGUUAGGGAAAGUUGGGUAAGAAGGAAAGGGAAGUUAGGGAAAGAAGGAAAAAGGAAAGAAAGAAGUUAGGGAAAGAAGGGAAAAUUAUUGAAAAAGAAAGGAAGGGAAAGAGAAGUUAGGAACGACAGAGAGGAAAGGGAAGUUAGGAAGAGAAGGAAAAAGGAAAGAAAAGUUAGGGAAAAAGAAAGGAAAGGAAAGAAAGAAGUUAGGGGAAAUUAGGGAGUUAGGGAAAAUUAUUAUUCUAGGAGACAAAACACUUCUAGAGGGAGGGUUGUGGGCACUAUAACCUGCCUGGUGUAAUUUAAGGUAUUUUAUGGAGUAUUAUUAUUAUUUUUAUUUAUUUAUUUAUUUAUUUAUUUAUUUAUUUAUUUAUUUUUGCACAAUUUUAAAAAGUGGCUGAUCCCAGAGAGAGAGAGAGAGAGUGUGUGUGUGUGUGUGUGUGUGUGUGUGUGUGUGUGUGUUUUGUAUGGAGAUUAAGAGAAAUAAAGUUGUUUGAGAAAGAUCUGACGUAUUAAAACUCGACAUUGUGUAUUGCAUAUCAGUUUUAUUGCUGCAGAGAGAGAGAGAGAGAGAGAGGUGGGGGCUAUGUUUGCUAUCCUAACCUCCAUACAAAAAUAAUAAAAUAUCUCCUGAAAUAUAAGGUGAUGUGUGAGCUUGUCAUUGAUUAUAAGCUAAGAACUGAUUGAGGGACAGCGUGAGCGAUUGGUCAGUAUUGGUACCGGUACCGAGCAGUCUCGUACCGGUACCGAGCAGUCUGGUACCGGUAAUGUUCGUCGCGAAAUAGCUCGUUGAGAGAGGUUCAACUUGCUUACUGUUUCUAUAUUUCACUCACUGCUAUCGUUUACGUGUCAUGUUUCGGUUCCAUUACAUGGCAAAAGCAUCAGAGCAACACUUUAAACCCAGAGAUGGCUUUAUAACAAACGAGCAGGGCAGAUUUUUAAAAAAAAUUACCCCACGUUGAAUUUCACUAAGUUCUCGCUAGUUUGGUGUGUUGGUCUGGUGUGUUGUAUCCUUGCCGGAAAUACCAACCAUCACAAAGAUUAAAAGUGGACAAACUACAACAAAACCAGGGAAAUUAAUAGCUUUUCCUGCUGAUGCGUUCCCCAGGGCGACUUAUUUCUGCUGGGAGGUAUUUCUCGCAGCACCGGUACCAGUGUUGCCAUCAUGGAGGUAGAAUUGGUGGAGUCGACAUCAGCCCAAUUAAUAAGUGAAUCCGCCUGAGCUUCAUUUUUACGGCCAGGUGUCAGGUGUUGUCCCUCUUAAUGGGCUCGGCCAGGCUCGCUCACCCCCAUCUUUUGGCCGUAAAUUUGACAGUUCGUAGGCUUCACCUCAAUGAAUGGAACAAAACUAAAAGACACAACAACGCCAAUCAACAAUCAAGAAUAAGUGAGAUUUAUUAUAAGUCAUAAGUGGAAGCCGUUACAAAGGCAAUCCCACGCCAACUACUGGACUGGGAUUAUUAGCGGGCCGUGUCGACUCCACCAAUUGUUCCUCCAUGGUUGGCACCCCU